AUGCCCCAGGAUGGAUUCCAUUCGAUAUUUGAGCGUAUAGAUGAGCUCUCUAAGUAUCUACGAGUACGCAGCCGCAUGUACUGGACCCCAGGCCCUCACCUUGCCGUCGAUGAAACAAUACAGAGGUUCAUGGGACGGGCUAGCGAAAUUGUCAACAUUCCAUCUAAACCAACGCCGGAGGGGUUUAAAAUAUGGGUUCUUGCUAAUCAAGGCUACGUUCUCGAUUGGCUAUGGCAU